AUGAAACAUAGAAUAGUUGCAGAAACUUUCAUUCCGAACCCUGAAGGACUUCGUGAAGUAGACCAUAUAAACAGAGACAGAGGAGACUUUCAUAUCUCGAACUUAAGAUGGACGACAAGAAGAGAAAACAUGAGAAAUAUUUCUGGUUCAAAUGGCUAUUGGUUUGACAUUGUUGACUCUCUUCCUGAAGACGCUGUUGAAAUUAUACAAUACUCAUAUCACACGUUAGAGAACUACUACUAUGUCCCAAGUGAAGAUGCCUUUUACUAUUUCAUGGGAACUCAAUACAGACGAAUGAAUGUCUUAAGACAGUAUAACAAAGAUUAUAUAAACAUUACAGAUGUAGAAGGAAGAAGAACAAAGCUGUCUAUUGCAAAGUUUAAGAGAGACAAUGGUUAUACAUAA